AGAGGGCAGCGGAGCUCCCGGCGCUAGGUGACCCCGGCUGCGGGCGUGGCCCCCACCUCGGGGCCUGUCGAGAAAGGUCACUUGGGACCCUCACGUCCGCCCCGCAGCGGAGCCGAAACCCGGGGUCGCCCGGCGCGAGGGUCCGGCGGGUGUCGGGGAGUAGGGGUCACAGCACUGUCCUCCCUGGCCGGACUGCUCCGGGGCCGGGACCGCCUCCCCGAGCCUCGGCCUUCUCGACCUUCGUCCACCUUGCGAGGAGAGGGCCCCAGCUACUCAGCGGCCCGCCCCAGGACCCCGACCCCAAGUCCCAGCCGCCACCAACGAGCCUCCCCUGCGCGGCUCGUCGCCCUGCGGGUAACCACAGAGAGCGAGCGGAAGCCGGCACGAGGUGCGGCUAGAGCGUCCUCUCUAGCUUUUUUUUCCGUUUCCCCGGAGGCCUCGUGGGCAAGAGCGUCCUCACGCAGCUCGAAUGCUCGGCGGCCCCAGCGGCUAGAGCGUCCUCACGCACCUCGAAUGCUCCGCGGCCCCGGCGGCUAGAGCGUCCUCCUCCCGGGGAGCCGCGUGUGACCUUCCCGCCCGCGGACCGAUGCUGCCCGCAGCCGCUCGCCCCAUUUGGGGGCCGUGUCUCAGGCUUCAGGGCGCUGCGCUCCGUCUCGCCAGGCAACAGGUGCCGCGUGUCUGCACUGUGCGGCUGAUGAGAUGCAGCAGCCGUCGGAGGGGGGAGGCCCUCGCCGGUGCCCCCCUGGAUAACGCGCCCAAGGAGUACCCCCCGAAGAUCCAGCAGCUGGUCCGGGACAUCGCCAGCCUGACGCUCCUGGAGAUCUCCGAUCUCAACGAGCUUCUGAAGAAAACGCUGAAGAUCCAGGAUGUCGGACUCAUGCCGAUGGGCGGCACGGUGCCUGGAGCUGCUCCUGCUGCCGCAGCAACCCCCGAGGCGGCAGAAGACGACGUCCCCACACGGAAAGAACAGACACAUUUCACCGUCCGCCUGACAGAGGCAAAGCCCGUGGACAAAGUGAAGCUGAUCAAGGAGAUCAAGAACUACAUCCAGGGCAUAAACCUCGUUCAGGCAAAGAAGCUGGUGGAGUCCCUGCCCCAGGAAAUCAAAGCCAAUGUCUCCAAGGCCGAGGCGGAGAAGAUGAAGGCCGCCCUGGAGGCGGUGGGCGGCACCGUGGUUCUGGAGUAGGCCAGCUCUGAGGACUGGUGGACAGGGGUGCCUGGGACCUGGGUGAGGCCCCAGCAUCUGGGCCCCGCUGGUGGGAGCGGCCUCCGGACAGAACGACAGCACUGGUGCCCAUGGGCCAACUCCGUCAGGCGGAUGGACCUGCUGAGCCUGGAGGCGCGGCUCCUGUGUGAGCGAGCACCAGGGAGAUGGACUCUAGAACUUACUGCGGUCAACGCACACCCCCUGGUGGCCACUGAGAAAAAUACAUUGUUUGGGCGCGGUG